AUGUCGCAGCGCUCAAAUGGCCCGUACCGACUCAUCUAUUGGCCCACGAUACCCGGUCGUGGAGAAUUCAUCCGAUUGGCCUUGGAGGAAGCAGGAGCCGACUAUACCGACACAGCACAUGAAGAGAAUGGGGUGAAAACCGUACUAUCACUCAUCGAUCAGAACUUUGUGGGCGAUCAGUCUGGCCUUCCACCGUUCGCACCGCCCAUUCUCGAGCAUGGCGAUCUGCGCAUCAGCCAGACACCCAAUAUUCUGCUCUACCUGGCCCCGCGGCUCGGUCUGGCGCCGGAUGGGGACGCCAUCUAUCAUGUCAACUCGCUCGCUCUCACAGCCCUAGAUGGACUGAGUAAUGAGCCCCAUGACACUCAUCAUCCCAUUGCCGUGGAACUCUACUAUGAGGAUCAGCUGGAGGAGAGCAAGCGGAGAUCGGAGUCCUACCGGAAGAACCGUCUGCCAAAGUUCCUAUCUUACUUCGAGCGGGUGUUGAAGCCCCAGGCGGCGCAGGGUCGUCCGUGGCUGUAUGGCGAAACGUUGACAUAUGCGGAUCUUGUUCUUUUCCAGGGUAUCGAUGGUCUCAAGUUUGCGUUUCCUCGAGCGCUUAGCAGACUGGAAAAGUCGGGUGAAUAUUCGAAUGUGUUCAAGCUCUACGAAACUGUAAAGAACCGGCCUCGCAUCAAGGCGUAUCUUGCCAGUGACAGGAGACUGGAAUACUCACAGGGUAUCUACCGACACUAUCCGGAACUGGAUGAUGCUGAGUAG